AUGGCCUUUGACGUUAAAGGAGAUCACGGAGCACACGACAUCUUGCCUACGACACUCAAUCUCAACCUCCAGCAAAGCGUCGCGAAAACCAUCCAGCAAGGUCUGUCGUCCACUACAACGCAACCACUCCAGCCACCAUGGAACCAAUGGCAAGAGCAACAACGUCCAAAGAGGAGGAAACCAAUCUGUGAGGACUCGCCCGUCGCAGACCGUCAUAACUUCAACUUCGCGAUUGCCACUUCGCAACACGCUGAGGAGAUGCGGUCUUGCCACGCUCCAGCUAGCGAACCUUGCGACAAAAAAUUUGAGAUCAGAAGAACUUCGGGGCGCUCUGGACAACGAUCGCGCAUGAUCAAGCUCACUGGCUUGCCUGUCACGAAAGACUUGUUGAGCACGACUACCCGCAGAGGCGAGCUUAUCAACAAGUUCAAGGACGAGACUGGUGGCGACAAUGCCAACAACGACAAGAACGACAAGGGCGACAAGAAGAGCGACGACAACUUGGCAACUUCUGGUCAACGAAAGGCGUCGAUCUCACACGCGGUUUCUAUGGAGACGUUGCGAUCGCCCUUCACUUCAUCUUCAUACGGACUAUAUCGUUGGCUUGCACACGUCAGAACCAAUCCCUCGAUUGGCGUGGCAUGCCAUGCCACCAACACGACUCAGCACACCCUCAGUCAGAAGCGCAAGCACGAAGCCACUCCAACGCCAACGCCAACGCGACUUACCAUCGAGCCCGCCGAAGAGUACGGCUUGCCAUCCACCCCCACCACUCACGCCUUUUCCGACGAUGCCGCUGCCGCCGUCUAUGCUCCCAGCACCGAGCUACAGGGCAUCGAACAUCCGGAUGUCUCUCGUGACCACAUUCUCCACGACGACAACGACGCCGGCGGGACCAUGUCUGAGAAGCAGUCCUACGCGGAGACCAUCAUCACUCGCCAGCGUCGACUCCAGCGCGAGCGCUCUGCGGCCCCUGAGCUCCGGAACUACGUAGCAGACUUUGCAGUGUACGACGCUCUCGUCUCUCUCUCCAGCCAUUUCCAGAGAUGGCUAGAACUGAUCGAACAAGGCGACAAGGAGACGCUGGAGGGCCUAGAGCGAGCGCGCAAACUGCUCAACAUUACCACCAAGACACACAGUGUCCAGGCAGGCGCCUUCAACAUCCUCACUGCGAGCCUGGUGGGCAAUGGCCCUGCCCACUCGCGUUAG